UUUCCAAGUUCCACAAUGGACAACCAUGGCAUGGAGGUGAUAUAUUCACUAGUAAUGAUCACCCUGUUUCUACCAUAUUCUUCUCCAGCCUAUGUGGGAUGCUACAAAGAUCUGGAGAAUCACCGUGUUUUUCCUCACGAGAAACCGUCUUCCACUGAUAUGAACGUUGAGAUGUGUAUUAAGGAAUGCUCUGGAAAUCGAUAUGCUGGCGUUGAGAAUGGUGACGAGUGUUGGUGCGGGGCAUCAGUGGACGAUGACACGAAGGUGGCGGAGGACCACUGCAGGAUGCAAUGUUCGGGCGACCAUGGUCAGAUAUGCGGCGAUGCCUGGUACAUAUCGGUGUAUACAACAGCUUCAGAUUUCUCCAACGUUGUAACCAAAGGCUACAUAUCUUCUGCCAGUGGUCUUCACAUGGUGUCGGGUCUGGCUGCAAGCAGGGCACACCCUGGCUACCUCUAUGCUAUUAAUGACAAUGCCGGGGCAGACAAGAUCUACAUGUGGCUGCAAAUGAAAAUAGACAACAAAGAGAUGAAGAGGCAGGCCAUAGGGCAAAGACGGACUGUGCUUGCAACGAAGAAGAAGACGACAGUGGAAGAAGACACAGGCUAUGAGAGAAAAGGACUGACUCUGGAAGAAGACAGAUAUACGGGAUCCCAGCAUCACAACCAGGCCACGGUGUACGCUAUCAAGGAGCCUUCAGCAACACACACCCAGAAUGUUCAAGUCGCAGCUACCUAUGGUUACAAGUGGAGUGAGGGUUCGUCUGAGGCAAUGGUGGUAGAUUCAUCAGGAGAUGUGUACAUGUUCUCAGAAAACAGUGGAAAACCUGCUCACAUGGCAAAACUCCCCUCACAGAACUGGAACAAUGGGAAGGUCAAUACCAUUUACUCAACGCUGACUCUCCCAUUCACGUCGUCCAAUUCUGGUCCACUUGCAGCAGACAUCUCCCCAAGUGGCACAGACAUGCUGAUAAAGACGCUGAAUCACAUCUAUUACUGGAGCAUGCCUGAUAAGUCGGUCACUAAUGCCCGCUUCGACAUUCUGGCAUUGGCGUGCCUGAUGUGUAUGAAAAUCGUGGAGAGUCUACACUGGAUCUGGCGGUCACCAGCCAAGAACACCGUGUACAAGAUCAAGGAACCCAAACAGAUAAAGACACAGAAUGUUCACCUAGAAAAAUCUUUGCAUUUCACUUGGAGUAAAGGAUCGUCAGAGGCACUGAUGGUGGACAAAAUGGUGAUGUCUACAUUUUGUCUGAAGCCACAGGAUCAGGAAGCAAACUGGCAAAACUGCCCAGCAAUGGAUGGGGCCAGAGCCAUCCAGUGA